CUCGGGAAGUGUUCGCCGCCGCCGCCGCCGCCAUCCUCCUCCUCGCCAACUCUACCUCUGGCAGCCAGGCCGCGCCGCGCUCGAUGCUCCGCUGCAGCGCCGGGGGCUAUUCCUGCUCAAAGAAGUUCAACCUUGGACUCAAACCAGCAAAGCACCAGCAUUCAAGGAAUUAAAGGUUGAGGAAUGAUGUGAUUACGCGAGGGGUACGGAUCUCACGAUGCUAACAUUUUAUACAAACAGGGCAAAUGUAGACGUCUGUGAAACUGCUUUGCUAGAACACAUGAAAUGACAGAAACACUGGAUGUAUGAGAGGACCUGCAUUGUGAAAUCUAAGCAUGGCAGGAUUACAGCUCAUGACACCUGCUUCAUCACCAAUGGGCCCUUUUUUUGGACUGCCAUGGCAACAGGAAGCUAUCCAUGAUAACAUUUUUACACCAAGAAAAUAUCAGGUUGAACUUCUAGAAGCAGCUUUGGAACGUAAUACUAUCGUUUGUUUAAAUACUGGCUCAGGGAAGACAUUUAUUGCAGUGCUACUCACAAAGGAGCUAUCUCAUCAGAUCAGGGGACAGUUCAACAAGAAUGGCUCACGGACUGUGUUUUUAGUUAGUUCAACAUCCUCUGUGGCUCAGCUAGCAGCAGCUGUCAAGACCCAUUCCGAUCUGAAGGUGGGGGAGUAUUCCGUUAUGGAGAAUGUUGAGUCAUGGGCAAAGGAAGAAUGGAGUAAACGCUUCAGUGGACAGCAGGUGCUAGUUAUGACUUGCCACAUCUUCUUGCACAUAUUGAAGAGAGGCUACAUUUUCCUCUCGAAUAUCAACUUACUGGUGUUUGAUGAAUGUCACCUUGCAAUUAAAGACCACCCCUAUCAGGAAAUUAUGAAGAUGUGUGAGGAAAAUCCCUCAUGCCCUCGUAUCUUGGGACUAACUGCCUCCAUUUUAAAUGGGAAAUGUGACCCUUCUGAGCUAGAGGAGAAGAUUCUGAAGCUGGAAAAGAUUCUCAGGAGCAGUGCGGAGACUGCCACUGACCUGGUGGUGUUGGACAAGUAUUCUUCUCAGCCUCAUGAAGUUGUGCUUGAUUGUGGCCCAUAUGAGGAUAAAAGUGGAUUAUACAAAAAGCUUUUAAAAGAAUUGGAUGAAGCGCUUAAUUUUAUUAAUGACUUCAAUAAUGUAUCUGCACACUGUGAUGAUCGAGGCCCAACUUCAGUCCCUAAGCAGGUACUGGUAGAUUGCCGUGCAGUUUUAACCGUUCUUGGGCCUUGGUGUGCCGAUAAAGUAGCUGGGAUGAUGGUGAGGGAGCUCCAGAAAUACAUAAAGCACGAGCAGGAGGAGUUGAACAGGAAGUUCCUUUUGUUUACAGAUACUCUUCUGAGGAAAAUUCAUGCACUCUGUGAAGAACACUUCUCACCUGCUGCUCUUGAUCUGAAAUAUGUGACCCCGAAAGUCAGCAAACUGUUGGAAAUCUUGCAUGAGUACAAACCUUUUGAGCGGCAGCAGUUUGAAAGUGUUGAGUGGUACAACAACAGAAACCAGGACAAUUAUGUGUCAUGGAGUGAUUCUGAAGAUGAAGAUGAGGAUGAAGAAAUAGAGGAGAAAGAGAAAGCUGACACUAAUUUUCCAUCCCCUUUCACUAAUAUACUUUGCGGGAUUAUUUUUGUUGAGAGACGCUAUACAGCAGUUGUUCUAAACAGAUUAAUAAAGGAAGCUGGUAAACAGGAUCUGGAGUUGUCUUACGUCAGCAGUAAUUUUAUAACUGGUCAUGGCAUCGGAAAGAACCAACCACGUAAUAAGCAGAUGGAAGUGGAAUUCAGGAAGCAAGAAGAGGUGCUGAGAAAAUUCCGUGCACAUGAAACCAACUUGCUCAUUGCAACUAGUGUUGUUGAGGAGGGAGUUGAUAUUCCAAAAUGCAAUCUGGUAGUUCGAUUUGAUUUACCAACAGAAUAUCGUUCUUAUGUGCAAUCAAAAGGAAGGGCGCGAGCUCCCAUCUCAAACUACAUCAUGCUUUCAGAUUCUGACAAAAUUGAAGACUUCAAAGAGGAUCUCAAAACCUACAAAGCAAUUGAAAAGAUUCUCCGAAACAAAUGCUCAAAGUCUAUGGAUUCUACUGACAUGGAGGUUGAACCUGUAACCGAUGAUGAUGAAUUGCUUCCUCCGUAUGUACUGAGACCAGAAGAUGGGAGCCCGCGAGUAACAAUUAACACUGCCAUUGGCCAUGUGAACAGAUACUGUGCCAGAUUACCAAGUGACCCCUUCACACAUUUGGCUCCAAAGUGCAAAACCCAAGAACUGUUAGAUGGUACUUUUCAGUCAACUCUCUACCUUCCUAUCAACUCGCCCCUCCGCAUCCCAGUAACAGGUCUUCCAAUGCCCUGUACAAGAUUGGCUGAGAAAGCAGCAGCCCUUCUUUGCUGUGAACGACUGCACAAAAUAGGUGAACUGGACGAUCACUUAAUGCCGGUUGGAAAAGAAACCGUGAAAUAUGAAGAAGAGCUUGAUUUGCAUGACGAAGAAGAAACCAGUAUUCCUGGAAGACCAGGUUCCACAAAACGGAGACAGUGCUAUCCUAAAGCAAUUCCCGAAUGUCUGAGGAACAGUUACCCCAAAGCAAAUCAACCUUGUUACCUGUAUGUGAUUGGCAUGGUGUUGACCACUCCUCUUCCUGAUGAGCUCAACUUCAGAAGGAGAAAGCUGUACCCCCCAGAAGAUACAACCCGAUGUUUUGGAAUUCUGACUGCCAAACCAAUACCACAGAUUCCACAUUUUCCGGUAUAUACACGUUCUGGUGAGGUUACUAUAUCCAUUGAAUUGGGUAAAUUGGACUUCAUGUUGAGUUCCAAGCAGCUGGAGCUGAUCACUAGGCUACACCAGUAUAUCUUUUCUCACAUUCUUCGUCUGGAGAAACCUGCACUAGAAUUCAAGCCUACAGAAGCUGAUGCAGCCUAUUGUGUUCUACCUCUUGAUAUAGUUGAUGGUUCCAGCCAUUUGGAUAUUGACUUCGCCUUUAUGGAAGAUAUAGAAAGGUCAGAAGCUCGCACAGGCAUUCCCAAUACACAGUACACAAAGGAGAAGCCGUUCACAUUUAAUCUGGAAGAUUAUCAGGAUGCAGUUAUCAUUCCAAGAUAUCGAAACUUUGACCAGCCUCAUCGCUUCUAUGUUGCCGAUGUGUACACAGAUCUCACACCUCUCAGUAAAUUCCCUUCUCCUGAGUAUGAAACAUUUGCAGAGUAUUAUAAAACCAAGUACAAUCUGGAUCUGACCAACCUGAACCAGCCUUUGCUGGACGUGGACCACACAUCUUCCAGACUGAAUCUUCUAACCCCUCGACACUUGAAUCAAAAAGGAAAAGCACUUCCUUUAAGUAGUGCAGAGAAGCAGGCCAAAUGGGAGAGUUUGCAAAACAAGCAGAUUCUUGUCCCAGAACUCUGCGCAAUUCAUCCUAUCCCAGCUUCCUUGUGGAGAAAGGCUGUAUGCCUUCCCAGUAUUCUUUAUCGACUGCACUGUCUGUUAACAGCAGAGGAGCUGAGAGCCCAAACAGCGAAGGAAGCAGGCGUGGGAAUCGAAGCUCUGCCUUCAAACUUCAGGUAUUCCAACCUAGACUUUGGGUGGAAAAAGUCUAUAGACAGCAAAGCUUAUAUCCUGGCUGCCAGCUCCUGUACAGAUGAGAAUGAGUGUUACUGUAAGCACAGCACAACUGUAGCCCCUGAAGAUGCUGCACAUCGAGGUGCUAUCGAUGAGAGCUCCUCUGAGAACCUUCACCAGAUGUCUGUGAACAAAACCACCAAGAGUCUGUCACCCAAAAAGCUCUUCACUGCUGACAAAGUCACCAAGAGCACAAUACUAGUUAAUGGUGUAGUUUGUACCGAAAGCCUAACCAAUGGAAAUGCUGAACUGCUAAACCAAGGGUGCAUUUGCCAUCAGAAUCAAAUUAACUCUUACAGGCAUGACUUAUUUGUACAACCAGCUACCUCAGUUCCCGUGCAUAACACACACCACAGUGAGAACCAGCCCAAGCCCAGUUUUGAAUGUAAUCUACAAAGUAAUAACCUAGACGGAAUUACUAACAAAUCUACCUCAGAUUGUUGCUCAAAAGAGGCGGUUUCCUGCAAUUCCUCAGAGCCUCUAGCAAUUCCGCAAUGGAUUUUGGAUUCGGGUGACUGCCCCCCCGGCGCAUAUACAACUGAAACCCUCGGCCCUAACCCCGGUCUGAUUCUCCAAGCUUUGACCUUGUCAAAUGCCAGCGAUGGCUUCAAUCUGGAGCGCCUGGAGAUGCUUGGCGAUUCAUUCCUGAAACAUGCUAUCACAACGUAUCUCUUUUGUACAUACCCAGACGCCCAUGAAGGGCGGUUGUCUUACAUGAGGAGUAAGAAGGUCAGCAAUUGUAAUCUCUAUCGCCUUGGAAAGAAGAAAGGUCUUCCUAGUCGAAUGGUGGUCUCAAUAUUUGACCCACCCGUCAAUUGGCUCCCUCCUGGCUACGUGGUUAAUCAGGACAAAUACAUUGCAGACAAGAGUGAAAUGAAAGACAUGGCAGAAACAGGACAGGUGGCUAAUGGUGAUACCUAUGGGGACGAUGAUGACGAUGAUGAAGAUGAAGAGGAGGAUGACGACCCUGAUUUCCGUGAAGAUCUGAUGUGGACAGCCCAGAAGGAAGAGGCAGAAUACGAUGAUGACUUUUCAGAGUACGAUCAGGAGCAUAUAAAAUUCAUUGACAAUAUGCUAAUGGGGUCUGGGGCCUUUGGGAAGAAGAUCUCUCUGCCUGCUUUCCCACCCAAUGACACAAGCUUUGAAUGGAAGCCACCUAAAAAAUCAACAACGGGAAAUGGUCAUUCCUUCUCUGAUGGUGAUGAGUUCGACUACAGUUCAUGGGAUGCCAUGUGCUACCUGGACCCCAGUAAGGCCACAGAUGAGGAUGAUUUUGUUGUGGGUUUCUGGAACCCAUCUGAAGAGAAUGGUGGUGUUGACACAGGCAAGCAGAGCAUCUCUUACGACUUGCACACAGAGCAAUGCAUAGCCGACAAGAGCAUUGCUGAUUGUGUGGAGGCUUUAUUGGGCUGUUACCUAACCAGCUGUGGUGAAAGAGCUGCCCAGCUUUUCCUCUGCUCAUUGGGUUUGAAAGUCCUUCCAGCAGAAGAAAAGCUGGGUGAAGAGAGAAAAUGGCUACCAGAGGAGCAGAACACCUUUAAUCUGAACGAUAAGGCAGGAGAGAUCAAAAUUCUUUCUUUGUCCCACUUGAAAUCUCCUUGCAAAGGUCUGGAAUAUGGACACCUUCAGAUUCCUCCAAGGUGCAUGUUUGAUCAUCCAGAUGCUGACAGAACGCUGGGCCACCUAAUAUCGGGUUAUGAAAAUUUUGAAAUGAAAAUUAACUACAGAUUCAAGAACAAGGCCUACCUUUUACAGGCAUUUACUCAUGCCUCCUACCACUACAAUACAAUCACAGAUUGUUACCAGCGGUUGGAAUUCCUUGGAGAUGCAAUUUUGGACUACCUCAUUACCAAGCACCUUUAUGAAGAUCCCCGGCAGCAUUCUCCUGGAGUGUUGACAGACCUGCGUUCAGCUCUUGUGAAUAAUACCAUCUUCGCAUCUUUAGCUGUGAAAUAUGACUACCAUAAGUACUUUAAAGCCAUCUCGCCUGAGUUGUUCCACGUUAUAGACGACUUUGUUCAGUUCCAGUUAGAAAAGAAUGAAAUGCAAGGAAUGGACUCUGAGCUAAGAAGAUCUGAAGAGGAUGAAGAAAAAGAAGAAGAUAUUGAGGUUCCCAAGGCCAUGGGGGAUAUAUUUGAAUCUCUUGCUGGUGCCAUCUAUAUGGACAGUAGGAUGUCCUUGGAGACAGUUUGGCAAGUGUACUACCCCAUGAUGAGACCCCUGAUAGAGAAAUUUUCAGCAAAUGUACCACGCUCUCCUGUUCGUGAGUUGUUGGAGAUGGAGCCGGAGACUGCCAAAUUUAGCCCUGCAGAAAGGACAUAUGAUGGCAAAGUCCGUGUCACCGUGGAGGUGGUUGGCAAAGGAAAAUUCAAAGGAGUUGGUCGCAGUUACAGGAUUGCUAAGUCUGCGGCAGCUCGGCGAGCACUAAGGAGCCUGAAGGCAAACCAGUCUCCAUUGCAAAACAGCUGAGGAUCCGUCCUCCCUACUCCCGCACCCCAGCCCAGCCCGCACCUCUUCAAAAGCUCACCUGGGGUCACAACAAAAAUGAGACUGGUGGUUGAGAGUGAGCCAGUUAUUCUAUGAAGGUGUAAAGUGUUUUUACUACAGUAGUAUAAUUUAGGAUUAAUUGUAGAAUAUAGUAAGCUCUUGCGCGAACACAAUCCUUCCCCUCCUCCUGCCCUUUUUGCUAGAUUAAUCACAAGAGUGCUUUAUAUUCAUUUUGCAAGCAUUUUAACAGUUGUCAGGUUUCCUUAUGAUGUUUACUUAAUUUUUUUUAAUAGCUUUUUGCUUGGUGUUUAGUGAGCCAGGAAGCUUAUGCUGGGAAGUGAUUAGUUAUUAGAUUGCACAUUUUUAGUAAUCUUGAAAUUCUUGACCUGUGCACUAGUGCCAGUCCAGCCACGGUGUGUAAAACUGUCGUGUAUGAGCUGGUAGGAGAGAGCAAGCGUGCCAGUAUUGUCCUGUUUCCUUGUCAUCCGUUCACGUUUUGAGGUGGCAUUCCCAAUCCUUGUUUUGCACUUAAUUUAAAUAGGAACAGGUUUCACUUAAAGCGACUGGCAUUUACAGUAGCAUUUGUUCAACUUAAUGCCAUAUAAUAAGUCUCUUGCAUUUAAUCAAAAGGGUUUUGCCUUAAUUGAAAAUAACCCCCACUUGUUUUGUUUUCUUGAACCUUUUGAUACAUUUCUAUGGCUGAUUUUACAUUCCCAUUUAAUAUACGUUAUAUGAUAAUGAACUACAGCCCUUGACUGACCUCCAUUGGAGUUAUGGUUGUGUAACUUAUUGCAGAGCUAGAGGUAGCUGCACAUAUAUUUUAAUACAGAUAAAAUGGUUUCAGAUACUUAGAUUUGAGGUGUUGACAAUUUUCUUUUUCAUGCAAGUAGCUAAAUUUACACUAUUUGGUCUUUAGGGAAAGUGCAUUGUGCUGAUGAUGUGAGUGCGGUGCUUCCAAACACAAAGAACAUCGAGUUGGUGCUGCAGUACGGAAACUGUUGCUCUAAUGAGAGUGAUUUUAGACAUAUCAUUCAUAAAAUAUGCUGCAGAUUUUUGUAAAAAAAAAUUGGAAGGGUUAUUUUAUUAAUGAGCACCUUUCCAUUUAUAAGAGGGGUGGGGUAAAAUGCACACAUGUACAUACACAUAGACACAAGUCCAUGCAGCAAAGUACAUGUAUAUAUGUGCACACAGCACAUGCGCACGCACAGACGCACACACAAACACACACAUGCGUGCACACAGACACACACACAUAUACACAGAUGCUUGCAUAUGCAUGGGCAGAGAACAAGCACUCGUGUGGAUCAGCACAUGCACAUUCAUGCACAUGACUAUCCUCGGUGUUUGUCCAUAGCACCUCACAGUUGACUUUUACACCAAAGCUGUGUGUUUGUGAAGAAACCACAUUCAUGUUGCAUCAUUUUGUUUUACAAAAAGUUAAAACACACAUGGCACAGGCAAGGAACAGAAAAUCCUGUGAUAAAAUAUGAUCACAUUUAAUCAGUCUUCAGCGUACAAGCUUUUAAAGAGAGGAUGCAUCCUACUUGGCUCAGCUCAAAGUAGUGGUUAUGUUUUCAGUAGAAACCAAUUAGGCGUUCUUCCCUUUGAAUACCUCAGUUCUUAUUUGCAUGCGUUUUUGAUUUCUCGUUAUUUUUGGUGCUAUGUUUUUAUAUUAUGCUUGAAAUGUUUAAAUAAUUGUUUUUGCACUGUAACUAUAAUACCUCUUUUAAUUUACUUUUUUAAAAAAAAAAUUACAUUUGGGAACUUUGUCUCAAUGCUCUCCAGAGAAAUCCUCUCAAGUCCCCAGCAGUUGUUACCUACCUUUACCACCAUGAUCUGUUUCAUAUUUUGAGAGUUAGUCUUUUGCUUUUAUUGGUCACAUGAAUCGGAGACAUGAAUUUGAUACAUGUUAAGGUGUUCAAUUUUUACAUCCCAUCCUGUCGUGUUUUCCUUUCAAUUGGAAAAGUAAAGCCUUUUAAAUCUGUUAAUUACUGAAGAAAUGUGGCUACCUUUUUAUUAAUGUACAAGCUGAAAAAUGAGUAAUUGUUUUUAAAACUGCUGUCACAUGUACGUAAUUGAUUGGCGUCGGCUCAUUUUAAUCUGCAUCAUGAUCCAAAAAGCAGAUUCCACACUGUUAACCCAAUUAUUUUUUUUUAGAUAUCCUCAUCAUGUGGGCAUAGACCUGGGCAAGCACUCAUUUCUGUAUAUCAUACUUUCAAAGAGACUUUUUUUACCUAGAAAUGUCACAAAGGAUUUGACAUCAAACAGAAUGUCACCAAUUUGGGAUUAUUUCCAGUAUUAACAGUGCAUCACACUUUUUAAAAGAAUCAAGAGAAGCGUGGGCUAUUUCUAUCAUUUAUAUUCACUUAUGAAAUCAUAUUUUUCCACUGUAACAACCUUCUGCAUUUAAAGUCCUAAUCAAUGCUGCAAUUUAUUUCCUUGUCUUUGUCAAGACACAAAACACAGUUCUUUUUUCCCCCCGUUGCUGUUGUAUACAUGUAGCACGAUUUGAGCAUUGCACUUGGCACCAUGCUUUACCUCAUUUCAAACGAGAAAUGUAUAUGCUAAUAUGCUUAAUGAGAAAAGAUUUGUUUGUUUUAUUUUAGGUUUGGGCCUUGCUGCUGUAAUAACUGCUAAGGUUUUAUUUGUGAAAGGUGAUGAACUUGCUAUCUAUUGUGUGCCUGCAGUCCCUCACUCACUGUACAACACAUGACUUUAAUGCACUCUAACCUCAUUGCAACAGCGGGUCAGCAGCAGCGGUGGCAGAAAUUUAUUGUUUUGUUGGUUUUUGUACCAGAAUGAUAACUGUGACAUUUAAGAAGAGAAAAAGUGCGUGUUUGCGAGGCGUUUGAGUAUUGCGGGCGUUUGCUGUAUUGUAAAUAGUGUGAUUUUUAAAGCACCUGCAGCAGAAUGGGAAUGAAUACAAAAUGUAUUGGAACUAAAUUAAGUGCAUCAUCACAUACUGCAGCAGUCUUUAAGGGACAUAGAAUAUAUCUCAUUCAUACUGUAAACUUGCUGCAGAGGUUUGCAUUCUGCACCUUAUGGAUCACAAUUUUACCUUUUAAUGGUUUCUUUUUGUAAUUGUAGCUAAAUAUCAACAAUAAAGUAUGGUCUGGU